AUGUUACGUGCCGGAAUGGAAUCAACUAGAAACUUCCUCAAUUACAAAUACCUUCUGGAAUUCCAUGUCGAGACUGUUAUGGAUGGCAAUAAUCAAAACUACACUUCUGUAGUUCUCAUCGGCGCUUACGUGUAUCCCGAGUACAUUUCAAUCACUUUGAACUCUCAAUACAUGGUUAAACAACGACUCUACUGCCGAUACUUUGACUGUAAGAAGCAGGAGAUUUCAGGAAGUUCCUGGCAAGGAAUAGUGUUCCCCGAGUCAGUCAUUCAUUGUCCCAGAAGAAUCGGUGCUGAGUUUGUAUCGGUUUCGAAAUACAAGACAGAAGAUUUCCCGAAUCCAAUGAGAUUGAAGUUCCGGAAUUUUGAAAAACCAAUUCACGAGUUCGCUAUUUGUGUGGCUCCGUUGUAUGGUCAGGAACCAAAAUGGAUUCAGAUCGUGGAAUUUAUAGAGCAUCAUAAAAUGGAGGGUGCCACGUUGUUCUACUUCCAUAUUGGAAAUAUUUCGGAUUACGAUAGGAAGGUACUGGAUGAAUACGAAAACAAUGGUGAUAUUGAGGUGAAAGUUCUUCAAGAGAAGUACGAAAGACCAUUUUAUGCAUGGCAGCUGAUUGAGAUUCAGGACUGUCACAUGAGAGCAAAAUAUCAUUCAAAAUGGACUGCGUUCAUUGAUAUAGACGAACGGAUAUCUACUCAAAAUGGUCGUAUUUCAGACUUUUUGAAUUCAGAGGACAACCGAAAGGUUGCUGAAAUUCAGAUGCCAAUUCUGAAUAUCGCAAAAUAUGAAGAUGCACCAAUGUGGUACCAGAAUGAGGGACAAGUCAGAAGAGAAAUGAUUUCAAACAAAUAUGAUAAAACACCCGGACCUUCAUGGAACGCAUCGAAAGCAAUCAUCAGACCGGAAAAGAUUGGAAUAAUGUCAAUUCACUAUGCAAUUGCAUUGGAACACGGAUACGUCUCAUUACGGUCAGAUUCUUCUAAAAUUGUUCUGAGACACUACCGAUCCACCCAACAUCGAGAAAAUUUAAACGAUUGGGACAAAGAACACACAUUGUUCGGUAGUCCAUUACCCCAAGAAUUUUCUUCCGAACUAACCAAGAAAGUAUUUGAAAAAACAAAAUCAAUAUACGAAAAAGUGCCCGUCAAUUGUUCAACGAUCCCGGAGGAUAUGUGGAAAUCCAGACAAUUUCCAGAUCCGUGUCAGAGAAUGUUGUUGACUUGGUGA